AUGGAAUUACAUCCAUAUAGACGAUAUUGCAUUAUACAAAUAAAUUACAUUUCCGAACGUCUUUUAGUCGUUUUGUCCAAUAAUGAUCUGGAUCAUGUAAAUUGGUCUCAUAUUCUUCAACUGAUAUCUGUUAUGAUUACAUGUAUUAAAGGAGGUGUAUCCACUGUUAAAUUUAUAAUUCAUCAACUUCUAUUGUCAUUAUUCAAUUCAAAUAUGAAUUAUAUCAACAAUGAUAAUGUUGAUUUAGAUUGUUUACAUUUAUUAGAUGAUGUAUUUAUUCAUAAAAGUCAAUUGAAUGUUUUAAAAUCAACUAAACAUGAUAAACAAUUAUUGAUAGGAGUUUUAUUAAUUGCACGUCAAUUAUGCUCAGAAGAUAAUCGAUUAACUGGGAUAAAUUAUAAACAAUGGUGGAUGGAAACAUUUUGUAAUCCAUUACUAUCAACACAUAAUAAUAAUAAUAAUACACAGAAUGUACUUUCAUCACGUUGUGCUGUAGUUUAUUUUUGUGAUUUACUCAUUGAACUAUUACCUUGGGAAACCGAUCCAAAAUUUCUACAAAUUCAAGUCAACACUCGACCUAAUUGGUUUAAUCCUGUAAAAAGAUCAAUGAAUAAUAAUCGAAUCAAAAUUCAUACUGAUAAAAUUCGCAUAAAACCGACUGAAGUAAUUGUGUAUUCAAUGAAGAUGAGUUAA